ACGGAAAAGGCGUUGAAUAUUCAAUUGAAAACAGAAAUGGCGGGGUAUGACAGCGCUGUAACUCUAAAAAUAAAACACUGCGUCGGGUGUUAAGGAUUUUUGUUUUGGUAAAACAUGUGAAAAACGGGAAUAUGAAGUCCAGCGAAGGUCACAGAGUCCAUUAGUGGUACAGCUGUUUAUAAUGGAUGCUUUCUAAGAGAAGACCAGUGGAGUGUUUACACAUCUAUUACCUUUUCUUCAAAUAUUUGCUGAUAGUAUUCAAACAAUACAAUGCAGACUUUCAACAGGCGGGUUUCUUAGCUCACUUUCGAGAUGAUUUGUUCCUAAACAACGCGCUAAUACUGGAAGAAGCCAGUAUUACUCAUUUGGUUGGUUUACAGCGAAGCGACGAGCCAUGUCUAACAAUGGAAAAGUCAUCCCGGACACCCCGCUGGUCGUGGACUUUUGGCAGGUUCGGAAAUGUCCCGGCAGCCGCUUGUUUUUCCUGACCCACAUGCACAGCGACCACACGGUGGGUCUGACCUCCACCUGGAGCAACCGACCCAUCUACUGCUCGCCCGUCACUGCCGCCCUGCUCAGACUCAAACUGCAGGUGAGGAGGAGACAUCAACACUGGACCCCACGGUGAAAGAACAAUGGAUUCAUCCUCUAGAGCUGUGUGAGCCAUACCUUCUCCCUCUGGAUGACAUAGGCAAGGAGAAGCUCACUGUCACACUGAUAGAUGCCAACCACUGUCCUGGAGCUGUCAUGUUUCUCUUUGAGGGAUACUUUGGGGCAAUUCUCUACACUGGUGAUUUCAGAUACACUCCUUCGAUGCUGCGUGAGCCAUGCUUAAGGACCAACACAACCAUAGACGUUCUGUACUUGGACAACACCAACUGUGACCCCAACCGCACUCUGCCAUCCAGACAGAAAGCAACUCAGCAAAUCAAAGAGAUCAUCCGCAGACACCCCGACCACAAUGUUGUUAUAGGCAUUUAUUCUUUGGGUAAGGAGAGUCUGUUGGUUGAGCUGGCGAUGGAGUUUAAGACCUGGAUUGAAGUGAAUUUCGAGAGAAUGGAGACCCUCAGAGCUCUGGAGCUUCCUGACGUCUUCACCACUGAGCCCGGGGCCGGCCGCAUCCGAGUCGUGGACCAGUCCAAGAUCUGCUCUGCAGUGUUGCAUGAGUGGAACAGAGAACAACCUACACUGGCCAUCUUACCCACCAGCAGACCUCUCAUUUCCUUCCAUCCUAGUGUCUACGUAGUGCCGUAUUCAGACCACUCCUCCUACCAGGAGCUGGAGGAUUUUGUCUCGGCUCUCAAACCUUCGUCUCUUGUACCCAUCGUUGGAGGCUUUCUACCUGGAGGCCUUUCUGCCUUACUGCCGCACAAGAAACGCCAAGACGUCCAUGUACCUGAGUCGGUCCGACUGUACAUGUUGAGACAGCCCGAACGGCACGUCAGCUCCUCAGCGUACAAUGGCCUCUGUCGCAGAAACCACAGACCUUUUGCUCCCAAAGGAGUGAUAUUUGAUACUCCUGUGAAAAAAUCUAGGAAGCUGUAUGAGAAAGCCUGCGAGGAAGAAAGCAUAGACCAGGAUGGAUCUGAGGAAGAUAUUGACACAGACAGCAGCGAAAGAGACUCUAAUUAUAUUCUGGUUGAUCCAAGCAUAAAACUCACCCCUAAGAAAAACAGAGAAGGGGACAAUGAGGAAAUAGUUUCUGAAGAACUGGUGAUGAUAGAAUCGGUGCAGCUUGGUCAACUCACUGAAAGCAACUUUGAUCCAGUCCUGACAAACUCCGAUAGCUUCAGGACAAGGCAGCAGUUGGAAAUUAAGACAAGUGUAAAGACACAUGGGCACGAAGAAGUUCAGAUGAGCCAAACUCUGGCAGAUUAUGAUACUAUGAGUGAGCAGAGCUGGGGGAAUCAGAGCAGCCCUUCAGAUUUAUUUAAAAACAGCCCAGAUAGAGCCUCCCUUGGUUCAAGUGAGAUAUCCCGUGAGAGUACAGAGAAGCAUGAAAACAUCCUUUCAAAGUGUCUCCCCUUCUCAGAGAUGGACUUUGCGCCUGGAGGCCUCCUUUCACAUGACUUUGUGCGUCAGUUCACCCUCUCGCCUGGGAAGGAUUCAGAGGAAGAGGACGUCUGAAUCAACUUUAACACUUUUGAGUUGUUUCGGUGGCAGUUCCGGCUCACUUGAGCACUACUGUCACUUUGGUUUCUUAUUUUUCAUUGUCAUCAAAGGUGUUUUCUGAUUUGAGCCGUAAGCGUAGCUGCCGUAGAGCGGCAAUAGACCACCGGAUAAUAAAAUCCAACUCACAUGAGCAAGUUUUAUUCAAUCAUUUACAGGUGAUGGGGAUUUGGCAACACUGUGGGGUAGGCUCCACCGGCCCAGGGCAGAGACUGGCUUACAAGGUUUCUGCGGGUCUUUAGUGGACUUUAUCCUUCCUCUGAAUUUCAGAUAAUUUCCUGUGUUUUAGUGAGGAAAUUAUCUGAAGAAGAGACUUGCCCACCUGAUUGAAACACAUUUACCCUUCACUUUUUGCUGUGGAAGACAACCAAAAUAUUUUUUGUAAGUGCGAUUUCAAAGUGUUUUGUAUCUUUUGAUGAGGAAAAUAAAGUACUUUGUUCUAAACUAUGAACAAAUGUGUUCAUAGUUUGCACUAUGAACACAUUUGCUGCUUUUGUAUCACAGCAGACAAACUGUGACGAUCUUGAGUUUAGUGAUUAUAGCUACUUUAUUUUUAGGCAUAACUAGGUUUCAAUUUUGCCCUAAAAAUGUAACCUGAUAUAAACAAAAUGUCUAACUUUUUAACUUUGUACCGUUUUACUGCCUGAGUGGAAGCAUUUUUUUAUUUAGUUUCACAGUUUGUGAAGCAAAGAAAUUAAUGUUUGUUUGUUGUUCUAAUUAUUAUUUAUAAGAGGAACUGAUUCCACACUUUUAACUACUACUGAGGCUAUAAUAAUAAUUCCUGUGAUUAAUAUGACUGAGUGUUUUUGAGAGUAUUAAGAGAGAAAAAUUGUACUUACAAUAAACGUGUUCAGUUGUAUGCAUGGGUUAAAUCAGUGUUAAUGUUUCUGAGAAGUCUUCAUGCUUUUGAAAUGUUUUGUUUUCCUAAACUGUAAACACAUACUCAGAAAGUAGAAAUGCACAAGUUUGUAAACAUCCUUUCACAAGGUGAAAUAAUUGUAUUCAAAUAUUGACAGGUGAUGAAUAAUGAUGAUGAUGAGUCCCUGUGGUUACAUUUUUCUUUUCCUUGUUGAAAUUUGCACAAAUACUAACAACACUGACUAAAUACUAAGUUUCUUUUCAAGUUCCUUUUGGUUUUAUGUAAUUUUUAAAGAUACUAUAUAUCAUUAAAAUAUUGAUUUAAACUGGUA